AGGCUGAUAAAUUUGGUAAAAAAAAAAAUUGAAUAUGGAGAAAUUAAAGUCGGCGCCGGAGGCCGAUUCAGAGCGGCCCAACCUGCCACCGGGGUUCCGGUUCCACCCGACCGACGAGGAGCUGGUGGUUCACUACCUAAAGAAGAAGGCCACUUCACAGCCCUUGCCGGCGGCCAUCAUCGCCGAUGUUGACCUGUACAAGUAUGAUCCUUGGGAGCUUCCAGCAAAGGCUAAUUAUGGAGAACAAGAAUGGUAUUUUUUCAGUCCACGAGAUCGAAAGUAUCCGAACGGAGCUCGGCCUAAUCGAGCCACCGUGUCCGGGUAUUGGAAGGCGACAGGAACCGAUAAGCCGGUGAUCGCUUCGUUAGAAGGGAACCGGAAAGUUGGUGUUAAGAAGGCUUUGGUUUUCUACCAUGGAAAGUCACCAAAAGGAAUCAAAUCCAAUUGGAUCAUGCACGAGUAUCGCUUAGUCGAUUACAAACACAACCGCGGCAAGAAAAACUCAUUGAGGCUCGAUGAUUGGGUUUUAUGUCGGAUUUAUAAAAAACCCAACUCCAACAAAUUGGGAAUCGAUCACGAGCAAGAAGAUAGUUCGAAUUAUAUGGCUGAACAAACACCGCCCAUGACGGCGACAAUGAAUUUUAGCGUGUAUCCAGAGUUAGCUUCUUCGUUUCUUCCAACGAAACGGAUGUCUAUGAUCACUGUCGUCGACGGUGAGCAACCGUCGAGCAAGAAAUUACAAUUAAUGGAAGGUGGCAGUGACAACUCAAUCGCCGCCCUACUCAGCCAGCUUAGAAAAUAAAGUUUACAACCUAGCCCUCUAUUUUUGGGUUGGAUGGUAAAUUUAUUGAAAAAUUAUUUUUAAAAA